CUGUCGACUCCUCCAAAGCUUAGCAUAGCUUCUGCUUCACUUUGCCUUGUCUCUUCUCACCAAAUCCUCUCGCCUUGUACUCUUCACUCCGGUGCUCUCGCUACCGCACACCCCACCGUCGGCGCAGCCUGAUCUCGCGACUGCUAUCGAGCAGUGACACCUAAAGAGAAGGAUAUACAGGAUCUCUAACACAAGAUGCCUCCAGCAUACACGGCGCAGCAGAAGGCAGCGAUCAGUCAGUUCAUGAGCUUCACACAGAUGGACCGCGCCGCUGCAGUGCGGGUGCUCAAGAGCCAUGGCUGGGAUGCCCAGAACGCUGUCAACGCAUAUUACAGCGGCGGUGGUGGCGGUUCGAACGCCUCUUCCGCUACCAAGGCGACCCUGAACAAGCUCUUCGACAAGUACCGAGAGAAUGCAGCUGGGGAGCCUGAUCUCGUCGGUGUAGACGGUACCAUGAGCUAUCUCCAGCAAUUGGAAGUGGACCUCGAAGGCAUGGACUCUCUCGCUGCGCUGGAGAUCAUCCAAGCUCCCACUAUGGGCGAGAUCACUCGAGAGGGCUUCGUCAAUGGCUGGCUAGAGCGAGACUGCGACACCAUCGACAAGCAGAAGGCUUACCUCGGGAACCUUAAGACGCAGCUGCCAGCAGACAAGGCGACUUUCACAAGGGUUUACAAGUAUACAUUCUUCCUUGCCAAGACUGGGCAACAGAAAGCUGUUGCUCUCGAAGCGGCUACCGCGUACUGGGACCUUCUCUUCGCUUCACCGCUUUCCGCAGUCAAGUGGUCAACUCCCAACAACCCCUGGCUGGACUGGUGGAAAGAGUUCCUUGAGGCUUCCUGGAAGAAGAGCGUCAACAAGGACAUGUGGAACGAAACACUAAAGUUCGCACAGCUCACCCUCCAGGACGAGUCCAUCAGCUUCUGGAACGAGGAGUCCUCGUGGCCGUCUGUCAUCGAUGACUUCGUCGAGUGGGUCAAGAACGAGAAGCGUGGCGGUGCUGAGCAGAAGACCGAGGAGAUGGAGUACUGAGCAUCCUUGUCGAGUCGAAUCAGAAUGAUUCGAUUCUAUCGGUAUUACAGACAUACUCGCUGGCGGGAGUCACGUCGAACAUGGUUAGAUGUACCUAAACCAACACAGCUUGGUUAAGGGAUCGCUGCGCCGAUUGCAGCGCAGCAUGGUAUCACGGAGCAUACAUACCCUUCGCCUUCCCCGAUGGCACUUUACGUUGGCAUCAAAAGCAUCUUAAUAGAUAGAAUAGCUUAGCAUGGC